AUGUUCUCCAUUCGAUCAUUACAGCCGAAGGAAAGGGUUCUAAAGGAUAUCGCAACGGAUAUGGUCAAAAUGAAUCCCUGCCAUCCAACAAUCGGAAAGAUAGAACUGGUUUUCAAUGAUAUAUUCAAAUUCUAUAGAAUGACCGGUUCGUUCCCGAUCGACUCGGAAUAUUCAGGUAUCUCCAAAUCGAACCUUGUAAAAGUCGCUAUCCUGUAUCUCGCCAUUACUCUCAUUGUACUGAAGAAAAUUUGUAAAAUGAUAUUGAGUUCUGAAUCAAUGCCGGCGACGUUGGCGUACAUGUUUCAACAUAUACCGACUACGAUUUUUUUUUGGGUCCAUUUGACGCACCUGAUACGGAACAGAAAGUUCUUGACGGAACUCUACGAAGAACUGAUGGAUAUCGAAUACCAGAUGUGGAAGAGCGAUGUCUGCUGGUCUUACAAGCCUGAUUGGUUUGCCAAAUAUCUCGGUGUUAGCGCUUUGACUAUAUCUGAUGUUUUUAUACUACAUGAUCGUGUCAAAUACUCUAAUAACAGCAUUAACAGCGAUUUGGAUGAUGUCUUUGCUACUUCCUCUCGUUCUGGUAUUGAUGAAUGUAGGAAAUUUUUCUCAUGA